AUGGUGAACUCUACCCAGCUCAAUACCAACAUGACGUCCCAAGUUAACAAGCCAUCUGAGACGGCAAUCCUUAUAAUUUCCAUACUGAUGUUCCUCUUAUUUGGCAUCUUUGUGUAUUUCAUGGUCAUCAUACUGAACAUCUUCUUCACCACCCCCCAGGUCCGGGAGACCGCACGUUACAUCUUGUUUAUCCACAUGCUUCUCAAUGAUGUGGUCUAUCUAGUUGUCGCAUUUGUUCUCUUUUUAUCUGCCUUUUCCCUCACCUUCAUACCGGUGCCCAUUUGUUAUGUCAUUGUUAGCUUUUCCACAUGUUCAUUCUGCAUAACUCCUUACAACCUGGCUGUCAUGUCUUUGGAACGUUACACGGCCAUCUGCCAUCCGCUAAGACAUAUGGAGUUAUGGACUGUCAAGAGAGCCACCCUCGCCAUUGCUUACAUGUGGACAGUGGGAAUGAUUCCACAACUUGCCGAUUUUUUUACCUUUUGUUUUUCAGGAGGAGUUUUUCAUUUUAGUGUCCUCUGUCGUUGGAAAUCAUUAUCUGUAAGCAUAGCUCAGGAGAUCAUAAAAACUCUGACUAGUAUUCUCAGCUUCUCCAUGGUAGGACUGAUCAUCGCCUUCACGUAUAUUAAAGUUAUACUGGUAGCCCGGAGGAUGGAUUCUGAGAAAUUUGCUUCUAAGGCUGGGAAGACCGUCCUGCUCCAUGCAUUUCAGCUUCUCUUAUGUAUGUUGUCUUUUGCCUCUGCGUUUAUUGAAGCCACUUUCAAAUCCAGUGUUAUAAACGUUCCCUCAAUGAACUUCUUCUUGCUCAUGUGUAUUCCUAGAUUUGUCAGUCCAUUAAUCUAUGGCAUUAGGGAUGAAGUGUUUGGUAAACGUAUGAGAAGGCUCUUCUCAACAGCAAGAAUCUAG